GGAAAGAUAACUUGUGGAAGGUGACGCUUGACCCCUUUUGCUCACAAAUCACACAAUCUUCAACACAAAAAAAACGAACAACCCAGAUCCAAAAACUAAUCUUCCAAUCUACAGAAUCACUCAUCUACAUCUACCAGCUACCUGAUACAUCUAUUAAUAAAGCUACAGUACAUUAUUACAUUACACGAUGACGCAAUUAGCCAAUGCCAUGAGACGAGCCGCCAGAAUUGGUGGCCGUAGUUUCGUCGCAGUCACAGGCGCCUCCUCGGUUGGGACGCUCUACGACUGUACGUUUACAAGACGGACGAAUCCUGGAAGCGCCUUAUUGACUUUCAUAUUUUAGUGACGCCCAUGUGCUGGGAUUACUACCAAUUCUACCGGAGCAAGAGUACGAGUAGCGCCGACGAGGAAGAGGAGCUGCUGCGUCGUUUGCACGAAAAACAUGCCCCGUUGGCACUGCAACAUGUGUUGUCGUUGGGAGGGUACUAUGUCAAGUGUGCCCAAAUGUUCUGUGGAAUGAACCUCUUGCCUGUGGCAUACGAGAAAGAGUUUUCGUGCUUGUUGGACUCUGUUCCAGCGAAACACUCCUUUGCUACCAUCCAGUCCAUUAUCGAAAACGAAUUGGGUGGCAAGCUCCAGGAUCACUUUGCCGAGUUUGACGAAACGCCCAUUGCUGCCGCCAGCAUUGGACAGGUUCAUUGUGCCAAGGUCCGAGACAAAAGUAGCGGAGACGAGGUACUGAAAUCCGUCGUGGUCAAGGUGCAAUAUCCGGAGGUAGAGAAAUACUUCAAGAUGGAUGUCCUCGGCAUGAAGAACCUGUGCUAUUUAUGUACCCUUUGUGACAUUGAAAUUGGAAUCGAUCAGCAAAGCUUGGACAAAAUCUUCAACGAAUUCACCAGCUCCUUCCAAGAAGAGUUCGACUACCGAUUGGAAGCCCAAAACAUGAAGCUCAUUGCCGACAAUAUGGAGGCUGUGCCCGAAUUUGCAAACUCUGUCAAAGUCCCACACCCGUUUCUGGAUACCACCAGCCGCAAAGUUUUAACCAUGGAAAAGAUACAAGGCGAGCCGAUAAAGAAACGAAUGAACCGCAUUCUUCAAGAAUGGGCCGAACGAUCCGGCAAAACAAUGGAAGAAUUGCAACAGGAGCUGCAAGACAAGUUCCAAGAUCCCGUCGAGCUCCAGAAAAUGAUGGAACAGAAACCGCCGUCAAAAGCUCAACUAUUUCUCUACCGGGUGAUGCUAUGGACUUGGGAUUUGGGGGCCAACACCGGUGUCUGGCUGGAAAACCAAUUACGUUCCAGCACGCAACAGCAGAAAGCAUACAAAUGGAGUACCCUCCCGGUCGACGCCUCCCGUAUCUGCCGCCUCCUAUUCCAAGUCCACGCCCACCAGUUGUUUAUCAAUGGAGCCUUCAACGCGGAUCCGCACGCCGGGAACAUUCUGAUCUGUGAAGACACCAACAACACUAAUAACGGCGCUCCCAUUCUAGGGCUGAUCGACUUUGGGAAUGUUCAACGGAUCCCCAACCAAGAUCGGCGCAAAGCGUUGGCAAAGUUUUACCUGUCCAUGGCCACAGAUUUUAGCAACGACAAGAGCUCCUGGAACGAUGACGAAAUCGCUCGUCGAUUUGCGGCUGUGGGAGGCGAGUCGGUCCACAUGGACACUGCCUUUCUGGCAUGCAAUGCGCUCACCAUGUACGAUAUGCGUUUUGACGCGGCCACAUUGGCCCGACUGUCGCUCCGUCAUUGAUUUGUAGAAUUUCCAGGACUGAUGUUUAGUCCCGCGCACUAAUGGGCGCCCAUUAGUGCGCUCGGCGCACUAAUGGGCGCCCAUUAGUGCGCCGAGCGCUCAUUAGUGCGCCGCGGCGCACUAAUGAGCGCUCAUUAGUGCGCGGGACUGAAACUGUGGGACUGUUCGUAGUUUGUAGAUAAUCGUACUGGGAAUGAGAUGGUAUGCUUCGACGCCCCUCGGUCGAUCCACGAAUCGAAUCUCCUCAUGUACCGACCAACCUUAUGGAUGUGUACUCGGAAGAUAACUUUAAGGAAUUCCCCGCGGAUCUGGUCAGCUUGCAAAGGCUUUGCCAGACGCUGGCGGGCGUAGCCGGCAUUAUUGGCGCGGGUCAGCCCUCGUGUGCUCGCAUGUGGGAAAGGCAAUGCCAAAAAUUGGUACAAGACAGCCCUGCCUACUAGCUAUAGCUAGCUGGCUAAGACUAAUUCAACUCAUUCAUCCAUCCAU